GAGCGAGCCAAAAACUCGAACUGUUCAAACCCCGCCAGCCCUUCCGCUCCCACGACCCAACCCCACUGCCCGGAGCCCCCGAGCCUUCUCGAAUCUUGCGAGAACCCCAGGGGCGAGGAGCAGAUGUCGGCGAGGCUACGGGUGGCGGAGCUCCGCGCGGAGCUUCAGCGCCGCGGCCUCGAUGUAUCCGGCACCAAGCCUGCUCUCGUGCGGAGGCUGGACGCCGCAAUUUGCGAGGCGGAGAAGGCCGUGGUGGCUGCUGCGCCAACCAGUGUGGCAAAUGGGUAUGACGUAGCCGUAGAUGGCAAAAGGAACGGCGGGAAUAAUAAGAGGAAAAGGUCCGGGGAUGGGGGUGAAGAGGGAAACGGCGAUACGUGUACAGAUGUGACAAAACUAGAGGGCAUGAGCUAUCGUGAGCUGCAGGGAUUGGCCAAGGCACGUGGAGUUGCGGCAAAUGGGGGCAAGAAAGAUGUUAUCCAGAGGUUGCUCUCGGCGACUGCUGAUCCUGCUGCAGUUGCAGAUGGUGGUCCUCAGGGCGAAAAGGAAGUCAUAAAAGGUGGUGAUGAGGAGGUUGAGGUGAAAAAGGAGAAGAUGGUUACUGCCACGAAGAAGGGAGCUGCAGUGCUGGAUCAGCACAUUCCCGAUCACAUAAAAGUGAACUAUCAUGUCUUGCAAGUGGGCGAUGAAAUCUAUGAUGCCACCUUGAACCAGACUAAUGUUGGAGACAACAACAAUAAGUUCUAUAUCAUUCAAGUUUUAGAAUCUGAUGCUGGUGGAAGCUUUAUGGUUUACAAUAGAUGGGGAAGAGUUGGGGUACGAGGUCAAGAUAAACUACAUGGUCCCUUCCCAACACGAGACCAAGCAAUAUAUGAAUUUGAGGGGAAGUUCCACAACAAAACCAAUAAUCAUUGGUCUGAUCGCAAGAACUUCAAAUGUUAUGCAAAGAAAUACACUUGGCUUGAAAUGGAUUAUGGUGAAACUGAGAAAGAAAUAGUAAGUUUCACUGAUCAAAUUGAUUCUAAUUUGAUAUUUGUAUUGGUUUUAAUUCUUUCUUAUUUGUUCCAGGAGAAAGGUUCCAUUACUGAUCAGAUAAAAGAGACAAAACUUGAAACUAGAAUUGCGCAGUUCAUAUCCCUGAUCUGCAAUAUUAGCAUGAUGAAGCAAAGAAUGGUGGAAAUAGGUUAUAAUGCUGAAAAGCUUCCCCUUGGAAAGCUAAGGAAAGCUACAAUACUUAAGGGUUAUCAUGUUUUGAAAAGGAUAUCCGAUGUUAUUUCAAAGGCGGACAGGAGACAUCUUGAGCAAUUGACUGGGGAAUUCUACACCGUGAUUCCUCAUGACUUUGGUUUCAGAAAGAUGCGUGAAUUUAUUAUCGAUACUCCUCAGAAACUAAAAGCUAAGCUGGAGAUGGUUGAAGCCCUUGGUGAGAUUGAAAUUGCAACUAAACUUUUGGAGGAUGAUUCAAGUGACCAGGAUGAUCCGUUGUAUGCUCGAUACAAGCAACUUCAUUGUGAUUUCACACCUCUUGAAGCUGAUUCAGAUGAGUACUCUAUGAUAAAAUCAUAUUUGAGAAAUACACAUGGAAAAACACACUCUGGUUAUACGGUGGACAUAGUGCAAAUAUUUAAGGUUUCAAGGCAUGGUGAAACAGAGCGAUUUCAAAAAUUUGCUAGUACAAGAAAUAGGAUGCUUUUGUGGCAUGGUUCUCGGUUGAGCAACUGGGCUGGGAUCCUUUCUCAGGGUCUGCGAAUCGCUCCUCCUGAAGCACCUGUUACUGGUUACAUGUUUGGCAAGGGUGUUUACUUUGCUGACAUGUUUUCAAAGAGUGCAAACUAUUGCUACGCCUCUGAAGCAUGUAGAUCUGGAGUACUGCUUUUAUGUGAGGUUGCAUUGGGCGAUAUGAAUGAGCUACUGAAUGCAGAUUACGAUGCUAAUAACCUGCCCAAAGGAAAAUUAAGUACCAAGGGAGUUGGUCAAACAGCACCUAACAUGGUCGAGUCUAAGGUCGCUGACGAUGGUGUUGUUGUUCCCCUUGGCGAACCCAAACAGGAACCUUCCAAAAGGGGUGGCUUGCUUUAUAAUGAGUACAUAGUGUACAACGUAGACCAGAUAAGAAUGCGGUAUGUCUUACAUGUUAACUUCAAUUUCAAGAGACGGUAGAUGUUGCAAAGAGCUGAAACUGUUGCUGAGAUCUUAGCAGAACAUAUGUGGACUUAUAGCACCAGGUGCCCUCAGCCUCAUUUUCUGAGCAAAUUUGGUAGCCUUUGCAUUUCGAUUUUGGUUUCAGGCUUCUAGCCCCAUUGAUGAUUGAUACUGAGUGUAUAUAUGAACCAUUGAUAUCCACCUUCCAUGUACUUAAGUUUUUUUAACAUGUCCCAUGCAUAUAAAUCUGA